AUUUAAAUAUUUUAAUCUAUAUUAUAUUAUAUCAAAUAAUAUAACACUCAAACCCGGCCCUAGCCUUUGUGGCGAACCUAGCACCCUACCCGGACCCAACCCCGACUCAAAUAAAUAAAUAAAUAAGAGCAAAUAAAUAAAAAAAAAAAAAGGAAAAGAAAAAAAAAAAAAAAAAAAAAUGCCUAUUUGGUUAAGCCCCAUUUCCUCGUUCAUCUAGCUCAUACUUACAAGCAGUAAAAAAAAGUUCCUCGUUCAUGCCAGCUUCUGCAACAUCGGCUCUCCCUCUCUCUGAAUUUGUGAAGUGAGAUUUUGGUUUUGAGGGCUGAGUAGUGAGGAUGGUGUUGGUGUUGGCUUUGGGGGAUUUACACGUACCCCACAGGGCACCUGAUCUGCCUGCAAAGUUUAAGUCCAUGCUUGUUCCUGGCAAGAUCCAGCAUAUAAUUUGCACGGGAAAUCUUUGUAUCAAAGAGGUUCAUGACUACUUGAAGACUCUUUGUCCUGAUUUGCAUAUUACUCGAGGUGAGUAUGAUGAAGAGACACGAUAUCCAGAGACCAAGACAUUAACAAUCGGUCAAUUUAAGCUAGGAUUAUGUCACGGUCAUCAGGUUGUUCCAUGGGGUGACCUAGACUCACUAGCAAUGCUACAGAGGCAGUUGGAUGUGGAUAUCCUUGUAACUGGUCACACUCAUCAGUUCACUGCCUACAAACAUGAGGGUGGUGUUGUUAUAAACCCAGGGUCUGCAACUGGAGCCUACAGCAGCAUCACCUAUGAUGUUAACCCAAGUUUCGUUCUCAUGGAUAUUGACGGUCUGCGUGUUGUGGUAUACGUUUAUGAACUCAUUGAUGGAGAGGUGAAGGUUGACAAAAUUGAUUUCAAGAAGACAGCAACCGCUACUACUCACCCUGCUCAUUGAGCACAAUUGUUGACUUGUUUGUUUAACAGACUUGGGAAUUCUUCCAUUUUCAUGUUCUUUUUAUGUAUGUGAUCCACAUUGUUUUUAUAUUUGGGUUAGAGUUGGAAGUUUUCUAUAAAGUUCAUAGUGAUGACCACAUAAAUAAAAUUUUGAUGUUGACAUUUA